UCAUUUGUGCAACUAACCUAGUUUUGCGAUGACAAGUAAAUUGCUUUUUAUUUUUUGAUUACCGAGCCUUGUACCGAGCAUUGUUUAUAGUAUUUGUUUUAUAUUGUUGCUAUGAUUGUUGCCCAUAGUUUACAGACAUUUACAGUAUUCUAAAUUUGGUUCAGUUACUUCAGAUGGUUACUUUGUACUAAAUGGGUGAAUUUCUUCGCCUAAAGCCUAAAAUAUUUAUAAAUAGAUAAGACAAACUGACAAAAAUCGAUUACUAGCGAUGGGCAAGCACAAGAAGAAAAGUUCAAAAUCACAUAAGAAAGACAAAAAACACAAAAGGAAAUGCGAUACAUCUUCUUCAGACGAAUGGGUAGAAGCAGAACUAGUUAACAAUGUAAAAAACUGUAAAGCAAAGAAGAAAUCUUCCAAGAAAAAGAAAAGAUAUCAUAGUUCAAGUGAAUCUUCUGUUGAAUCUGAUUAUAAAAAAAGUAGAAAUGAUAGUAGCACCAGUAGUGAUGAAGAGUACAAUCAAGGAAGAACGAGUGAAAAAAAAGUAAAACAACAAAAUAAUGAUACAGAUACAAAUGAAAAAUCAGUGGUAAGAGAUGAGUGGAUGAGUUUAUCAACCACUUUCUCUAGUCUUUCUAAUGAAGAUCGUAGAAAUAAAAGAGAACAAGACAAGAAGCUUCAAAAAAAAUUAGAGCAAUAUGACCCAAGAAGUUGCUCAAGAGAAUUAAAUCCAUAUUGGAAAGAUGGAGGAGAUGGCCUUCCAAAAUUUUUAAUGCCUAAAGACAGUGUUUCAGAUGAUGAAAGAAGUUAUAAAACCAAAGUACAUAAACAACAUAAAUCUAGUUGGAGAAAAGAAACAAAUCAAACAGUUCCUGUUGCCAGUACAUCUACUGACAACAAAAGCUAUAAUGAACCAAGAAAAGAGGAUACUGGCAAAUCUGUUGAAAAUAAAGCAUCCUAUAAUUCAGAAACUGAAGAUUUAAAUGUACUUGCUGGAAAAAUUCUGAAAGCUGAAAUAAUGGGUAAUGAAACCUUAGUUGAAGAACUUAAAAAACGACUUGAAAUAGCUAGAAAGUCCUCCAAAGAAGCACUGUCAAGUAGGGAAGAAGUAUUACUCACUCAAACAGAUAGCCAGGGCAGAACUAAACCUGUAAUAAUGCUUAAUGAUGGAGCAAGUGGUUCAGGCAAAAAACAACGAAAAAAAGCAGUUGAUACUCAUCAGGAUAAACAAAGGAGUAGAUACUUCCCCGACGAUGACAAAUAUUCUUUACAACAAAUGUUUGAAAAUGAGAAAUUCAACAAUGCUGAUGAGCAGGAUAAGGAGUUCCUGAAAGUUGCAUCAAAAAUUAAUAAAAACGAUGAUAUGGAUGAUUUCUUUACUGAUAAUGUUAGGCGCAAAAAGUCUGAUUCUACAUUAGAUGAAAAUAACAGAAACAAAGCUAUUAUUGAACAUAAGAGAGUAUCAGAUAGUUUAGAUAAUUGUUCUAGGUGUAUCCAGAGUAAAAACAUGCCAAAAAAUUUGAUAAUAUCAAUGGGUGAGUAUGUCUAUUUGGGAUUACCUGAACAUGAACCUUUAACUGAUGGCCACUGCUUAAUAGUACCUAUUAGACAUGUGUGUUCAAUAACUCAUUUAGAUGAAAAUGAGUGGAGUGAAAUUUUAGAUUUUAGGAAAGCACUAGUAAGACUAUUCUGCUCUAAAGACCAAGAUGUAAUCUUCUUUGAAUCUGCUCUUGGAUUUCAUAAAUAUCCUCACACAUUGUUAGAAUGUAUACCUUUACCGAAAGAAGAGGGUGAUAUGGCGCCAAUUUAUUUUAAAAAGGCUAUUGAUGAAUCUGAAAUGGAGUGGGCCCAAAACAAAAAAUUAGUUUCAUUAAAAGGAAGAAAUGUCAGAAAGGCAGUACCAAAAGGAUUACCCUAUUUUUCAGUCAGUUUCGGUAUGGAGGAGGGAUAUGCCCACGUUGUUGAAGAUGAACAGUUGUUUCCAAGAAAUUUUGCACAAGAAAUUAUUGGAGGAAUGUUGGAUUUACAUCACAGUAAGUGGAGAAAACCAAUAAAACAGUCAUUUAGUGAUCAAAGCAAAAGGGUGUUGUCAUUUACAAAAGAAUGGAAAUCUUUUGACUGUACAAUUAAAGAAUAAAUAUAUUUAAAACUAUUAUAUUAUAUAA